AUGGAAAUUAACAACAGAAGUGAUAACGAUCAGUCCGUUUGGGUAAACAAAAUAUGUCCCUACUUAGAUCCGCACAUGAGUCAGAUCAUAUUGGGUUGGCUCAAGGAAAAUAAGUUUCUGGACGAGUUGGAGUUAGAGAAAAAUCUGAACACCCUGAACGAGGGGUGCGAAAAGGAAAUAGCGAGUAUCGAAAUUGAGUUUACAAACCGAAACAGAGGAGUAAUAUCAAAUUGUUUAGACAGCUUAGAAAUAGAAAUAGAAGAAUUUCAAGAAGCUAUGAAUGAUUAUAAGAAUGACCAGAUGAAUAAAAUAGGAGGUUCAGUUGAAAAGAAAAGUAUAAUGGCAUUACGUGAAUGGUGUAAUGGUAAUGCUGCAGAUAAGAGUAUCAAUAAUAAUAAUAUUAGUAGCAAUAGUAAUAGUAAAACAUACACAUUUUCGGACAAUAUUGACGAUAAAAUAUUAAAAUUAAGUAGGUACUACUACCAGAAGAAAGAUUAUCAAAAGAGUAAACAACAUUUAUUAUUGUAUAUAUUGAACAUAUCGGAAAUAGUAAUAAACAUAACGGAUUCACCUAAAAUGAGAGUAUGUUAUUGGGGUAUUAUUAGUAAUAUUAUAAAUAGCUUUUUUCAAAAUUUAAAUAAUGAUGAAUAUUUAUUUUGUAAAAAUGAAGAGGAUAAAUUCGUUUUAAAAGAAGAAAUAAUAAAUGAGAUAAAUGUAUGUGUAGAAACAAUAGUAAAAUUAAGUCAACUAUUAAUUAAAGAAAAGGUAACAAAGAAUGAAAUAAUUCUACAAAGAAGUUGGUUAAUACAUUGGUCUUUAAUAUUAAUAUUUCAUUUCUUUUUGUAUGUAAUAUAUGUAAAAAAUAUAUAUCCAAAAAGUAAUUCAUUUUCUAUGUUACAAGAUUGGUUUAUUGAUGAAAAAAAUUUAUCUAUUCUAAAUAUUAUAUGUCCUCAUAUUAUUAGGUAUUAUUGUGUAUAUGCAAUAUUUUAUAGAAAUAGAAAAGAUCAUUUUGAAUUAAUUAUGAAUACAUUAAAUUUAUUAAAACCAAAAUAUACCGAUUCAUUUACUUCUUUAUUAGUAUCAAUUUUUACGGACUAUGAUUUUAAUAUGGCACAAAAAUGCAUUGCACAAAUAGGCUCUUUAUGUGAACAAGAUGUAUUCUUAUUUAAAUUAAAACCAUAUAUAGAAGAACAAAGUCGAUUUAUUAUUUUUGAAACCUAUUGUCGUAUACAUAAAUCAAUAAAUAUAGAUAUGAUAGCAAACAAAAUUAAUCUCCCAAGAGAUGAUGCUGAAAGAUGGAUUGUUAAUUUAAUUAGAAAUGCUAAAUUAGAUGCAAAAAUUGAUAGUGAAAAGAAUUGCAUUGAAGUAUCCACUACGUUACCUAAUCUAUAUCAACAAGUUAUUGAUAAGACACAAAACCUUACCAUGCGAUCAAACUUUCUUGUACAAAUCUUGAACAGAUCAUCAUCAGAUGAACAUUUCCAAAAAAAUACCAGGUUCAAAAAUAAAAAUGAAAAAAAUAAAAACACCAAGAGAAAUAAGCAAUACAAUCAUAUGUACAAUGCCAACAAGUCUUCUGGCAAGCUCGUUGUUACCAGCAUGUAG